UCAAUACUGUCAAAAACAACAAAGGUGCGUGUGAAAAGUGCAAAAUGCUCACCAUCUUGCAGAAAAAUUUUCUAAUAUUUUGACAAAAUUCGCCAGCAAGUCAUUUUCUCAUUAGAACAGGAAAUAUGCAAAACGUAGACAUUGUUUAAAAUCAGUUUUCCAAGUGUUUAAGUGCUUACAGUGUAUGAAAUUCGGUCGGUUCCAAGCGCUUUUCGUUCAGGCUGCUUCUAUCUAUAGUGAAUGUGGGGUUGGGGCUUUGCCCUCUGCUGGUUCUACGGGUUGAACUGUUAUACGGGGGGCGGUUCGGGAGUGUUUUGCUUUUUACAGGGAACUUACGGAAAUUUGUGCAUCAGCACUAAUUUUUCUUGCUUUAUUCCAUAAAUUUUUCGUGGGGGGAACGCAUACGCGGAUUGUGAAUUAUUUUUCAUUACUGGAAAAUGGUGAUUUCAUGUGAAUGAACUUUGAAACGAAACAAAAAAAAUAAAACAAAAUGAUACAGACCAUCCAAGAUGUCAGCGAUUGUAUUCCGUUAUAUCUGCCGCAUAGUCUGUACCUCAAACCAACGUCCAAACUCAAUGUAUCGGUGGCCUUGCCGAAUGCUAUCACCGGCAAAUCCAUUUCCAACUAUGAGGUCAUGGAGAAGAUGCGCCAGAUGAUUAUGCCGGACAAGUUUGCGAUCCUGAAGGUUCGAUCUUUGUCGCAGGUGUCCAAAAGUACGGUCGGGUCCAUUCGUUUCGAGGGGGAGUUGGAGGAUCGCAGCAAAAUGCGGCACGUUUUGGGUCGACUCGACGGGCGACCUAUUCGGUUACCCGGAUUCAGUGAGUCGGUGAAGUUGAGAGCAUCGGAGGCGAAAGACGAUUUCCCGACACGGCAUGAUUGGGAUUCGUUUUUUCGCGAUGCUCGCAACAUGGAUGAGAUGAAGGCAGGGGAGCGACCGGACACGGUUCACUUUUCCAAUCUACCGAUCAAGUGGUUCUGUCCGAGACAUCAGGAGAAUGACAACGAUGCUAAGCCAAGCGAGAGUAUCUUCAAGCGGAUAUUCGAAAAGUUCGGUGACGUUCGCUGCGUGGACAUUCCCAUUUGUGAUCCGUACCGAGCACAGAUGAAAUCGCAUAUGUCCGGAAUGCAAAAGUUUAAUUUCGAGCAGGAGAUGUACUUCGAGGGAUACGUCCAGUUCAGCGAAUAUGUCGGAUUUGUGAAGACAAUGGACGAAUUUCGCGGCAUGAAAUUGGUGCGAAAGGAAGGCGACAAGAAUCUGGCUGUCUCCAUUUUUGUUGAGUUUGAUCGCACCAAACAUCUAAGCGACUCAUCAAUUAAGAAGCGAAAAGUCGUCCGGGAUCGUUUGAUUGCAAUCGAUCGCGAAAAGGAAGAAGAGGACAAGAAAAGAGCAGCGGAGGAAGAAGCCAAAAAGGAACGCGAAAGAAAGCGUCAGGAGGAUCUGCGCAAGGCGGACGAGUUGAAGCGAAUGCAGCGCGAGCAGCGCCGGAAGGAGAAACAUUUGCGGAAACUACGACAGCGCGAAACUGAUGAGAUUAGCGUGAAGAUACUGCAAGAGGAGCGGAAGCUGAUGGAAACGCAGCGAAAGUUGGAGAGUAUCCGAUUGUUGGACGCACUUUUCGAUAGGAUAAAGAAUAAACAAAUGUUGCUUGCAAAUAAAACUGCUAAAACCGAUGCUGACAAGAAAGCAUCCAAUUCUACAACCAAAAAAGCCGACAAAAUGAAAGCAGCUCAGGAAAAAGAGAUUGUAAAACUGCGUCAACGGGUAAAAAGCGUAAGGGAUGGCAAUUUGCUUAAGAAUUUUCUUGGAACCUCGGGUCGUUCCUCUGCCAACCAAUCACGGUCACCGAGCAUCAAUUCCAUCAGUUCAGAUGAUAGCAUUCUGAAUGAUCAUCCCAUGGAUGCAAGAAAGAAAAAGAAGAAAAAGUCUGGUUCCGAGCUCAGUUCAACGAACUCGGAAGCGUCCGAUAAAGAUGAAGCGGAAGAGCCUCAUGCUGACGCUAUUGCCGCAGUUGCAUACCCCCCAGGUCCACAAGUUUUACCACCGGGAGCCUAUCCUCCAAUGUAUCCAGGAUUUGAUUGGGCAGCUAUGGGUUAUGCUUAUGCGUACGAUCCUUUCUACGCGCAACGUGCCGGAUAUUAUGCAAAUGCUAUGGCCUACCGUGGAUUCCGGGGUGUUCCACGUGCAUCAAGAUUUCCCAGAGGACGCGGAAGAGGCGCAUAUCGUGGUCGCGGGUAUGAUUACUAUCGUGAAAGAGAAGAUUAUGGUGACUACGAGUACAAUGAACGUGACCGUGAACGAGAUCGGAAUCGAUCGAGAACCCGGUCUUGUUCAAGAUCAAGAUCAAGGUCUCAUUCAAGGUCACGCCGUAGACGAACGCGUAGCAGAAGCCGCAACCGUUCCCGCGAUCGGAGUCGUUCUCGUCGCUCUAGAAGUCGAUCCCGGUCCACAAGAUCCAGAUCUAGGUCAAGGUCGAGAUCAAGAUCUAGAUCUAAUCGACGGUCCAGAACAAGAUCAGACCGAUCACGCUCAAGCUCCCAUCGUUCAGAAUCCAAACCCAAGAAAGUACAAGCAUCCAAACCUACUGCAAAGCAUCUUGCUUCCACAAUUAGAAACUCGCGAUCCCGGUCAAAAUCUCGUUCUAGAACGCGAUCUAGAUCACGCUCCAGAUCUAGGUAUCGCCACCGUUCCAAAAAUCGUCAUCGUUCUCAUCAUCGCCGCACUCAAUCAAAAGAACCGGAAGAGGAACCAGUUCCCGAGUCGUUCCGAAAGCAUCGAAUUGUUCUGCAAACGGAUAAAUUAGUAAAAAGCGCCAAGGAAAUCGAAGAAGAAGUACGAGAACAUAUUCGUAAACAGCAGGAAGAGGAAGAACGCCAGCAGAAGGAAGCGACACCAAAUGAUCAAGAAGGGCACGUUGUAGCGGAAACAACCGAAAUCAGCAAUCACGACAGAUCGGAUCGUUCCCCACUAUCACGAACGCGAUCCCGAUCAAAGAAGCGCUCUCGGUCGAAAUCUGCCCAGAAACGAUUUUCCAAAAGACGAUCCAGGUCCGAAAGUAAAUCUCGUUCAAAUUCUCCUGUCAAACGGAGACAGCGGAAGGAUUCUACUGGAUCGCGAUCUAGGUCGACGGAGAAACGUUCCAGACGCAAACAUCGGCGUGAUGAUUCGCCAUCGAUGUCCCCUGCUAAGGCCCGCGGGGAUCAGAAUCAUAGUAGCGAUACGAAGCGAAGCAGCAAACGGCGCUCGCAUUCAGAGCGGUCCGAUCGGAAGCGUAAGUCUCAUUCGGUGGACAGUGCUAGGAUCGCAAGCCCCAGAAGACGCGACCGAAAUGCUUGAGGAGUGCAUUUAUAUUUUUAGUUUGUUUUAACUAAUAGUAUUUUUUAAAUUCCUUUUGAUGUUUGCACUAACAAGGCAAAUGUUGUCGUCUAGAACUCGAAUUAUUUGCAGUGUUUUUAAGGCAUGUCGUAGAUCUUGAAACCAGAAUGGCUCUAAGCCGUGAUAAAAAACAUGAAACACUAAAAAUGUCGUUCUAAAAACUCCGAGAAUAUAACUUAAUUUGGAAA